UGGAUGAGCACACGAGGAAAGGGGGAAGUGGGAGAGGAACCGCUCCAGUUCAAGCGAGGCUUCGGUGUGGUUGCAAUGCACAAUGGACGCAUUUAUUUUGUGACAUUCAGAGUGGAGCCUUAAACGGAAAGAAAAGGGAAAGCGGGAAAACAAAAGAAGGAGGAAAAAACGCAGCAGAGGCGCAGAAGGCGACGCACAGGGAGGGAAAUUCGCCAAGUCUUACAUCUUCUUCCAAAGUACAGUGAAGGUGGGGAAGAGAGUCAUUCAGGAGAAUGAGUGAACUGGAGCAGUUGCGGCAGGAGGCGGAACAACUCCGAAAUCAGAUCAGAGAUGCUAGAAAAGCGUGUAGUGACACAACUCUUGCUCAGAUCACCACAAGCCUUGACUCGGUGGGCCGAAUCCAGAUGCGCACAAGACGUACCUUGAGAGGCCAUCUAGCUAAAAUAUAUGCCAUGCAUUGGGGAUCCGAUUCAAGGCUACUAGUGAGCGCUUCCCAAGAUGGAAAAUUAAUUAUUUGGGAUAGUUACACAACAAACAAGAUGCAUGCCAUUCCUUUAAGAUCUUCCUGGGUCAUGACCUGUGCAUACGCCCCAUCUGGCAAUUACGUCGCCUGUGGUGGAUUGGACAACAUCUGCUCCAUAUACAACCUGAAGACACGAGAGGGCAAUGUACGAGUGAGCAGAGAACUACCUGGACAUACUGGGUAUUUGUCUUGUUGUCGCUUUCUAGAUGACAACCAAAUCGUCACGAGCUCAGGAGAUACCACCUGCGCUCUAUGGGACAUUGAGACUGGCCAGCAGACUACUGCUUUUACUGGGCACACCGGUGAUGUGAUGAGUCUCUCUCUAAGCCCAGACAUGAGCACCUUUGUUUCGGGUGCCUGUGACGCGUCGUCCAAGCUCUGGGAUAUUCGAGACGGAAUGUGCAGGCAGUCUUUCACAGGGCACGUGUCUGACAUCAAUGCAGUUUGCUUCUUCCCCAACGGCCAUGCCUUUGCCACUGGCUCUGAUGAUGCCACCUGCCGGCUGUUUGACCUGCGAGCUGACCAGGAGCUCAUGAUGUACUCUCAUGACAACAUCAUCUGUGGGAUCACAUCCGUCGCUUUCUCGAAGAGCGGCCGCCUCUUGUUGGCAGGCUACGACGACUUCAACUGCAACGUUUGGGACUCCCUGAAGGGAGAGCGUGCAGGCGUCCUUGCUGGCCAUGACAACAGAGUCAGCUGCUUAGGAGUUACUGAUGAUGGCAUGGCUGUAGCUACAGGAUCUUGGGACAGUUUUCUCAGAAUCUGGAAUUAAUCUGGCAGUCCACACACACACACUCACAGACACGCACACCGUCUCCACCGAGAUCUGGAGAGAUCAAUGCUGCAGCCUAUUGCUGUGAAAUAACAUUUCUACCUUG